AUGGCCGAGCCGCGCCAGGCUCCGCGCACUCCCGGCGGCGCAGGGGACGGGGCGCGGGCCGGGGGGCCCCGAUCCUCCGGGCGGACGGACGCGGCGACGGCGGCGGGCAGCAGCUCCGGCGCGCUCCAGCGGGGGGCUUCUCAGGGCGCGGGGCGGGGGCGCCGCGCCGGGCGCAGCGGGGACCGACGGCGGCUCCCGGGCGGCUCCAGGGUGCCGGGCGCGUCGCGCACUAUAGAUCCAGGGAAGCGGGCAGCGGCCCCGGCGCGCGGGCGCCGCGCGGGCGCGGAUCCAUGUCCCGGGGCUGCGGGGCGGACGCGGGGCGGCGAGGGGCGCGGGCCGGGUCGUCGCGGGCCGCCGGACCGCCGAGCCUUUGUGUGCGGGGAGGGCGCCGGGAGCAGCGGUGCGCGCGGGUCCCCGCCGAGGAGAGUCAGCGCGGCCGGCGCGCUGUCAGGCCGCUAUAAACGCGGGGCCCCGCCCCGCCGCGCACCGCCCAUUGGCCCGCCGCGCCUCCGCCGCGCGCCGGCGGGGCGCCGGCUGACAGGUGAGUCCCGCCCCCGGCCCGGGCGGCGCGCGCCGGCCGCGCUCUCCCGCGGCUCCCCCCGCGCGGCCGGCGCGCGGGGCCUGCGCGUGCACCGCGCGCCCCCCGGGCCCGGGGUGGGGGGCGCCGCGGCCACUUGUCCCGGCGCCCCGCGGCGCGCCCCACCUCGCCCGCCCGGCGUCCUGACCCGCACCGGGCACCACGUCGAGGGCGCACGAAGCCCCGAGGGUCGCUCCGAGGGUAUCCCCGAGGGUCCCCCCCCUAGACGAGACGGCCGGUGA